AUGGCUUCCUUUCAUUUGCCUCUCCUUCUCCUCCUGUUCAUCUACCCUUUUUCCUCCAAAGCAAACCUCCGCAAAAUCAACAGCCUCCUCAAAUCAAGCCUGAUUUCCCAAUCACCCAUAAGCAGUCACACCCAUCUCCACGACACCCUUCCAAAGGUUUUCUUUGAAGUGACUAAACCCAUCAAGCUUCCCAAGACCAAACCAUGCAAACAUCUAGUUCUCCAACAUGACUUUGGCUACACCUACCAGAAACCACCUGUUCUUGUUGAGUAUAACCCUCCCUCUUACUGCACAUCUCAACAUUUCUCCAAGAUUGUGCUUGAAUGGAUUGCUACUUGCAAGGGCAGGCAAUUUGAUCGAAUAUUUGGUGUUUGGCUUGGGGGGGUUGAGCUUCUCAGGGGUUGCACAGCUGAGCCAACGAUGGCUGGAACUGUUUGGAGUGUGAAGAAGGACAUUACGAGGUAUUCUUCAUUGCUUGUUAAGAAUGAGAUGCAGACUCUUGCGGUUAAUCUGGGAAAUGUUGUUGAUAGUACUUAUACUGGGGUGUAUCAUGUAAAUAUAACAAUUUAUUUUUAUCCUGCCGAAGAUAAUUCAAAUAGCAAUCAUGUGCACAAUGUGGAUCAUUCUGAAUUUACCGAUGGUUCGAAGGCUGAUUUGAUCAUACCCAUUUCACGAAAUCUACCACUGAACAAUGGAUUAUGGUUUGAAAUUGACAAUGAAAGUAACAAGAAGUCGAAAGAAUUCAAGAUUCCGCAAAACGUGUAUAGGGCCGUGUUGGAGGUUUAUGUUUCUUUUCACGAAAAGGAUGAAUUUUGGUAUGGCAAUCUUCCCAAGGAAUACAGUGAUGUCAACAAUCUGGCCGAUAUUCCUGGAAAUGGACCUUUUAGGGAGGUUGUGGUUUAUUUAGAUGGUGAGGUGGUUGGUGCCAUUUGGCCGUUUACUGUCAUAUAUACUGGAGGAAUUGAUCCUCUCUUAUGGAGACCCAUAACUGGUAUAGGAUCAUUUGAUCUCCCUUCGUAUCACAUUGAGAUUACACCAUUUUUAGGGACAAUGUUAGAUGGAAAGGAACACAAAAUUAGUUUUAGUGUCACAAAUGCUCUGAAUGUAUGGUACAUAGAUGGGAAUUUGCACCUUUGGUUGGACCAUAAGAGCAUGAAAACUGAAGGGGAGCUUUUGAAACAUGAAAGCAUGCCUCUUGCUGUUUCUUUGGAGUCUGGUUCUCAGGGUUUAGGUAAAAAAUUCUCAACAAAAGCACAUAGGUCCAUCUCUUCGAGUGGAUGGGUCAAGUCUUCCUGGGGAAACAUAACUACCCAUUUUAAUCAGAACUUUUACUACAGUAACUCUAUGUUGAUGGAAAACAAUGGGAAUUCAGAGAUUAUAGAUCAAGUGAUUCAUUUUAAUGACAUUGUCUAUGUGAAGAUGCCAUCUUCACAUGCUCAAUCAACGAAAUCUUUCAAGAAAUUUCUUCUCUACUUAAACACCAACUCCUUGAAUCAAGGUUAUAGAACUUCUUUAGCCAUAGUAAACAUCACCUUGGGCUUCAAAGAGAGAAAGUAUCAGGGUGCUGCUCCUGGAUCUGCAAUUAGCUCUCUCAAGAACUUGCAGAAAGGGCAGCAAGCUAUGGUCAUAAAGAACAAUUUGAUAACCGGUCUAACGGGAAAUACAAGACAAGCGUACGAAUUUAGUGAUGCUGAUUUCUGCUACUCUAGAAUUGUAGGUAGCUCUUUCCACAACAUUCUUUACGAUAAAUUGGGUACCAUAGGAUUUCCCUGUUCAGAUAUUGCUGAGAAAUCCCAAACGUGGAUGCUACAGAUAAAAUUGUAUUUUAAUAUGAAUCGAUUCGUUUCCAAGAGAGCAAAUUAUGGUUUUGUUGCAUGGUGGUUUGCAAACAGAAUUUUAAAUAGCUAUGCAGUAACUGUUCUUGCAAUAUUAGUUUGUAACUGA